AUGAACGCCGACAAGUGGGCGAACGAGUAUCCUUUGGCGGCGGCAGCGAUUAAGGAUAAAACAUACAUGGACGAUUACUAUGAUAGCGCCGAUUCUCCCGAAGAAGCAGCUAAGCUGGCGAAGCAAGUGCGAUCCAUCCAUGCGCAUGGAGGAUUCGAGAUGCGAAAUUGGGUGAGCAACAGUGGCGUAGUAUUGGAAGAGCUUGGCGAAAGUGUCGCCCGAGAUCCACGUCUUUUGCAAUCAACAAUAGGAGAAAAAUGGGAGAGAGUGUUGGGGAUGUUAUGGCAUCCGGAAUCGGAUGCGUUGACCUUCUGCACGGAGCUAGGUGAACAGUUGCUUUUCUACAUCAAUGGAGAUAAACGACCUACGAAACGCAUAGCUCUGAGGAUUAUAAUGAGCUUAUUCGAUCCCCUUGGUCUAUUAGCUCCAUAUCUUAUUCAUGGGCGUACCUUAAUACAGGAUUUAUGGAGAAGCGGUAUUCAAUGGGAUGAAGAAAUGAGAGACGCCGAAUUUACAAAAUGGAUGCGAUGGGUGGAAUUGCUGCCUGGUAUUCGUGAACUCAGCCUUCCACGUUAUUAUUUCGGCGACGCACAACCGAUUUCCGAACAAUCAUUGCAGUGUCACGUAUUCACCGAUGCCAGUGAGACAGGAUAUGGCUGCGCGGUCUACUUUCGCGCUAUAGAUGAAUUCGGAUGUGUAAGAUGCUCAUUAAUCAUGGCGAGAAGCAAGGUUGCUCCACUCAAACAUUUGUCCAUCCCUCGAUUGGAGUUGGAGGCUGCAGUGCUGGGCGCUAAAUUACUCAACAAUGCUUUGGCUUAUCAUUCUCUUCAACCUCGCAAUGUGUACUUGUGGACGGACUCUUCCACUGUCUUUUCGUGGAUUCGUUCGGAUCACAGACGAUAUAAGCAAUUCGUCGCACAUCGCAUUGGGGAAAUUCUGUCGUUAACCCAAGCAGAAAACUGGCGAUGGGUACCGUCAAAGAACAACGUAGCUGACUGUUUGACGAAGUGGGUACACGAUACGGAACCUGAUUCGAGCGGGAGAUGGUUUAAGGGACCGGCAUUUCUAUACCUCUCCGAAGAUCUGUGGCCCCAGCAUUUCAUAAAAACCAAUACCACUGAAGAGUUGCGCUCCACCUACGUCCUAGCCCACAUCUCUCUACCUAUUGGGAUAAUAGACACUUCUAGGGUAUCGAAAUGGAGUAUACUUUUGCGAACUGUAGCAUGCUUGUACCGCUUUGUCAACAAUUGCCGCUUACGAAUUUCUAAACGCCCGAUAGAAACCUUUCCGGCGACAAGAAAUCAGCAGAUCUGUUUGAAACGUACCAUUGCAUCGUGUAAGACACCGUUGAAGCAGGAAGAAUUUCAAAAAGCAGAGCAGUUUUUGUGGAGAGCAGCGCAAAGCGAAUUCUAUCAAGACGAAAUUCGAACUCUGCUGAAAAACCGCGAUCAAACGAUUGCGGAAUGGUCGCCAAUCGAGAAAAGCAGCCCAAUCUACCAAUUAUCACCAUUUGCCGACGAGUUCGGAGUAAUUCGAAUGGAAGGAAGAACCGCGAAUGCUAUAUACGCGAAUUUUGACGCGAGAUUCCCGAUCAUUCUUCCCAAGGACAGUCAAAUCACUCAACGACUUUUGGAAUUUUAUGAUCACCGUUGCGGUCAUGCAAGCAAAGAAUUGGUUGUUAACGAGGUCCGCCAACGAUUUGAGAUCUCGCAUUUACGUUCGGCUGUGGAUAAAAUUUCCCGAAACUGCGUGUUCUGUAAAGUAAACAAAUGUAAACCCUCUCCUCCUCGAAUGGCUCCACUACUCCAGCAUAGACUGACCCCAUAUGUGCGACCAUUCAGCUACGUGGGAAUUUACUACAUGGGCCCAUUGGAAGUAACCGUCGGUAGGCACAAAGAAAAAAGGUACGUCGCAGUGUUCACAUGCUUAGUCGUACGUGCCGUGCACCUUGAGGUUGCCUACGAUCUAUCGAGCGAAUCGUGUAUAAUGGCGAUCCGAAGAUUCUCGCGAAGACGUGGGUCUCCAGUAAAUAUUUUUUCGGACAACGGUACCAAUUUUGUGGGCGCCAACCGGGAACUUCAGAAGCAGAUACAACAGAUCAACUUAGCAAGCGCUGGCACUUUCACAGACGCACGCACGAAAUGGUCAUUCAAUCCUCCCUCCGCCCCUCACAUGGGCGGGGUAUGGGAACGAAUGGUACGCAGCGUUAAAGAAGCAAUGGCUGCAUUGAACGAUGGACGCAAAUUAACCGACGAAAUCUUGUGGACUGUGGUAGUCGAAACGGAAGGUUUGAUCAACUCACGUCCUCUCACUUACAUGCCACAAGAGAUUAAUUCAACCGAAGCAUUGACACCAAACCAUUUCAUCUUGGGUUGCUCGACUGGGGCACACGAGCCUCUAGAGCCACCGACGAAUGUAGGACAAGUUCUCCGAAGUAGUUUUCAACGAUCUCAACAAUUAGCAGACGUUGCCUGGAAGCGAUGGGUGAAUGAAUACUUUCCUACAAUCAACAAGCGGACCAAGUGGCUGGAUGACGUGAGAUCCGUCAAGGUAGGGGAUCUUGUUUAUGUGUCGGAAGGCAAGAGAAGGUCGUGGAUUAGAGGUUUUGUGGAAGAAACUAUUCCUGGCAAAGACGGAAGAGUUCGGCAAGCAGUAGUGCGAACGGCAUCUGGAAAACCAAGGCGUCCAGUGAUCAAGCUAGCGGUGUUGGAGCUGGGUGGAUCUACGGAAGACCCUCCUCUCGAUCCACGGGGAGGGGGAUGUUCUGGCAACACGACUUCUGAACCAUCGCUUCCUAAUGCAGAAUCCAGCACUAAACGCACACUACGUUCCUCACAACAAUGA